AUGGCGCACGCAGGCAGAAACCGGCAGGCCGUCAAUAGAGACACUGAAAAGUGCUACCGCAGAGAUCGAGUACCCUUUGCAGGUCCUCCUCUGUCACACCGACCGAAACUCUUCUGCUGUCCUGUGGCUGAAACCCGCGAAGACCACCUUCCUCGGUGUUUCGUCAACCCAGGCCGUCAUCUGAUGAAUCAACAGCUCAAAACCUUUCUUGAAAGUGCUGACGACGAAGAGUAUACCUUUUCCAAAUGCGAAGUGUCUCACAUGGUCGAAGUGACGGCUCGGGCGCUCUGCAACAAUGCGCUCCCUUCUUCACACGGCAUGCAGCCUCAGGAGCAGUGGAACGUCUUCUCUGGGCCCGUUCGGAAUCCACCAGUCGACAACACCACUCCCCCACUUGAAGGUGAAGAUUCCAACAUGGCGAUGGACCAGCAAGAGCUGCCGUACAGCACAUACCAGAGCAUGUCCACAAGAUACUUCAUCACACAAAACAGCAGCCACACCUGGCAGAUUCCUCCUCAUUCAAGACAGUACCGAGACAACCACCCGGACCCGAACCACGGCAGGAUUGGACUCGAAAGAUACAUGGAGAUACCACCUUUCAAGACAAUGCCCUACACAUCAGAGAGCAUCUCAGGAGGUGGAACAGGAGCACGGGAAUGGAUACCUUCUUGCAGCAUACUAAUGUGGUGCAUCCUUCACAACACUUUCUACGAAGUGCACGUGUUGUCUUAG